AAGUCUUCUAUAAAGGUUUUCCUCUCAGUUCAGGGUCUGAUUUAUGUAUUACCUUUAGGUCUCAUGUUUGUGUACUCUCCUUUCAUCUAGAGUAAUUCUUCAAUCUUCUUUUUUUUGUUCUUGUUGUUUUUGAAAAGUAUGGGCAAGGGAUUUCGACAAAGGCCUUCAUCUGGGGACUAUCUGGUAUUUUUCAGGUUUCGGUUCGGAUGACGCAGUAUUGGCAGCGAUCCCACAGAAGUGGUGAGGAGUCUUUCCAGUGCAACAUGUCGAGAGGCUAGUGAUGUGGGUUUCUCCCAGUACUGGUGAUCUCAACUCUGUUCACAUGUCUGUCAAAAGUCUCUACUGAAAAGUUCGGCAUUCCUGGUACUCUGUGUAUCUCAGGACUCUGAACAACGCCAGAAGUAGGAAGAAAAAUGAGCACGUUCACAGAAUCGGUGACAUUCAAGGACGUGGCUGUGGUCUUCACUGAGGAGGAGAUGGGGCUGCUAACCCCUGCCCAGAAGAAGCUGUACCGAGAUGUGAUGGUUGAAAACUUCAGGAACCUGGUGUCAGUGGGUGGCAAGAACCCAAGGCAGGUGGAGACUGUUCCCCAAGCAGGAGCACAUGAGGAGCUUUCCAGCUUGCAUAUCUGGCAACAGAUUGCAAGUGACUUAACCGGGUGUCAAGAUUCCAUGAAAAAUAGGUCCCAGUUCUACCAACAAGGUGAUUCACUGUUUCUGGUUGCAGGAGGACUAUCUAACAUUCACACAGAAGAGGCACCUCACCAGUGUAAUGAAUGUACAGAAACCUCCAGUGACGUGUCCAGCUUUGAUCUUCAUCUGCGAUUACACUCACAAGAGAAGUCUGUCACAUGUAAUGAGUGUGGAAAAAGCUUCUGUUAUAUCUUAGGUCUUCAAAAUCAUCAGAGAGUUCACAUAGGAAAGAACUGCUGUAAGUGUGAUGAGUGUGGUAAGGAAUUUAGUCAGAGUUCACAUCUGCAAAGUCAUCUGAAUAUCCAUACUGUAGGGAAACUGCAACAAUAUGAAGAAUGUGGGAAACACUUCAGGCAUAGAGCAACAGUAAAUGUUCAUUACAAAGGCUACACAGGAGCAAAACCUUAUAAUUGUGAGGACUGUGGGAGAGCUUUUAUUUACCGUUUGCAUUUUCAGGAACAUCAGAGAAUCCACACUAGGGAGAAAACAUUCAAAUGUGAUACAUGCGGUAAGUACUUUGGUCGUAGAGCAGCACUUAAUACUCAUUACGUGUUCCAUAAGGGAGAGAAACCCUACAAAUAUGAGGAGCAUGGGACAAACUUCAUUCAUAACUCAUAUCUUUAUAUCCAUCAGAGGGUUCCCACAGGAGAAAAACCUUGUAAGUGUGAGGAAUGUGGUAAGAGCUGCAAUCAUCCUUUGCAAUUUCAGGCCCAUCAGAGAGUUCACACUGGAGAGAAACCAUACAUAUGUAACAUGUGUGGAAAAGCCUUCAUUUACAGUUCAAAUUUGCAUUCCCAUCAGGUAGUCCACACUGGAGAGAGAUCAUACAAAUGUGAUGUGUGUGAGAAGGGUUUCAGUCAGAGUUUAUGUCUUAAAAUCCAUCAGAAAAUCCACAAUGUAGAGAAACCUUGUAAGUAUGAGGAGGGUGGGCAAAACUUCAAUUGGAGUUCAAGACUUCAAGUUCACCAGGUGAUUCAUACUGGAGAGAAAUCCUAUAAUUGUAAUGAGUGUGGGAAGGGCUUCAGGCAGGCUGCACAUCUUUUGACCCAUCAGAGAGUCCACAGUGGAGAAAAGCCAUUUAAAUGUGAAGAUUGUGGGAAGGGCUUCAUUACUAGAGCAGAUCUUCAAAUUCAUUAUAGAAUCCACACAGGAGAGAAACCCUAUAAUUGUGAGGAAUGUGGGAAAGGCUUCAGGCAGGCUGCACAUCUUUUGACCCAUCAGAGAGUCCACAGUGGAGAAAAACCAUUCAAAUGUGGAGAGUGUGAGAAGUCCUUUAGUAGUAGAUCAAAUCUUCAAACUCAUCGUAGAAUCCAUACAGGAGAGAAAUCCUACAAUUGUGAAGAGUGUGGGAAGGGCUUCAGGGUCGCUUCACAACUUCUGACCCAUCAGAGAGUCCACAGUGGAGAAAAACCAUUUAAAUGUGAAGCGUGUGGGAAGUACUUUGGUAGUAGAUCAUAUCUUCAAACUCAUCAUAGAAUCCACACAGGAGAGAAAUCCUAUAAUUGUGAGGAGUGUGGGAAGGGCUUCAGACAGGCUGCACAUCUUUUGACCCAUCAGAGAGUUCACAGUGGAGAAAAACCAUUCAGAUGUGAAGAGUGUGGGAAGACCUUUUGUCAGAAUUCACACCUUCAAGCCCAUCAACGAGUCCAUAAUGAAGAAAAGCCAUACAAAUGUGAAAAGUGUGGAAAGGGCUUCAAGUGGAGCGAGAAUCUUAACACACAUAGGAGAGUCCACACAGGAGAGAAACCAUAUAAGUGUGUGAAGUGUGGUAAGUAUUUCAGUCAAGCCUCAAGUCUUCAACAUCAUGAGCACGUCCACACUGAAGAGAAACCAUACACGUGA